AUGAGGAACCAUACCAUGCACUACGCGGUAGUAGUACUGGUGAUCCUACUGGGAGGAGGAUCGCUCGCGAAUGCGGCCAACCAGAAGGAUGUGCUAAGGGCCUUCAUCAAAUCGAGGGCCCAGACGCGCGCGAACGGGCCCGCGGAGCCGGACGCGUGGGCCGACCCGAUCAGCAGCUUCCGUCACCUGCCCACCAAGUGCGACGCCCCGCCGGCGGGAACCAGGGAGGCCGACAGGAUCGCGGCGCUGCCCGGCCAGCCCCCGCGCGUCAACUUCGACCAGUACUCCGGCUACGUCACGGUGAGCGAGGAGUACGGCCGCGCCCUCUUCUACUACUUCGUCGAGGCCCCCUACGAGGCCUCCUCCAAGCCGCUCGUGCUCUGGCUCAACGGCGGGCCAGGGUGCUCGUCGCUUGGCGCCGGCGCCAUGGCGGAGCUCGGCCCGUUCCGUGUGAACCGCGACGGGAAGACGCUGAGCAGAAACAGGCAUGCAUGGAACAAUCUUGCGAAUGUGAUCUUCCUAGAGUCACCGGCGGGCGUCGGGUUCUCCUACUCGAACGCGUCGGUGCCGAGCGGCGACAGGAGGACCGCGGUGGACGCCUACAUGUUCCUGCUCAACUGGCUCGAGAGGUUCCCCGAGUACAAGGGCCGCGACUUCUACAUCGCCGGCGAGAGUUACAGCGGGCACUACGUUCCCCAGCUCGCCGCCGUCAUCGUCGCCCUCCGCGAACUCGGUGACACGAGCAUGAACCUCAAGGGCAUCUUCGUCGGCAAUCCGCUCCUCGAUAGUAGGUCCAAUAACACAUAUGGAUCAUUAGAGUUCCUGUGGAACCACGGGGUGAUCUCCGACGAGGUGUGGGGCAAUAUCAACGGGCAGUGCAGCUCCGGGCAGUUCGAGGGCAAAGCGUGCGACGACUCAUUCGAUGAGGGCGACAUCGAUAGGUACAACAUUUACGCCCCGGUCUGCAUCCAGUCGCCAGACGGGAGUCUCCACCCCAGUGGCUACUUACCAGGCUAUGAUCCGUGCAUCGGGUCCUAUAUCGACGCCUACCUCAACAGUCCUAAGGUGCAGAAGGCUAUGCAUGUUCGAACCCACACAGAGUGGUCAGAGUGCUCAGAGUCGUUGCCCGGCUGGACCGAUUCCCCGGUUUCCAUGAUGCCAACCAUCGGUUGGCUUGUCGACAGCGGAUUAAGAGUCUGGAUCUACAGUGGUGACAUGGAUGAUGCGUGCCCGAUUACCGCAACGAGGUACGCUAUCAAGGAUCUCAAUCUGACCAUCACAAAACCGUGGCGUCCAUGGUACACCCCUGACAACGAGGUUGGAGGCUACGCUCAGCAAUACGAGGGAGGGUUCACGUUCGCGUCGGUACGAGGAGCUGGCCAUAUGGUCCCUAGCUUCCAGCCCAAGAGAUCACUCGUUCUUUUGUACUCCUUCAUGAAAGGAGUCCUGCCACCUGGUGCUCUGCCACCUGGGUUUUCAAAAUGGAGCUGGGUCUAA